AUGUGGAAAAAUAAAGUUCUGCACAUAUCUAAUGUAAUAAAUUUAAUUUCGAACUUUUAUUUAGUGUUUUUGUUAUAAAUGUCACUGCAUUAUCUAAAUAAUUAUAGUAAAAAGUUUAUAUAUAGAACAAAUAUUGAAGCUGCAAAAGAAGUAGUUAAAAUACUUCUUAGAUUAUCAAUUCGAUUAUAAUGA